AUGGGCGUCACACGGAGGCCAAAGCUGCUGUAUGCGGCAGUCGUCAUCUGCAUCUUCCUGUUCCUCACAUGGCACUACGACGCCAUUCCAGACAUCGAAAGCGCCGACCGACCGAACAGCGCACCGGUGCCGCCACUCGACGACAAGGGAAAGAAGCUGGACGAUGCUCACUCCCCAAGCGGUAGUGAUGGAAAUGCUCCAAAUCCUGCCGAGCCAGCGCUCGCCCAGGAUGCGCACAAGCUUCUGACCGCCGAUGACUUCAAACCCCAUUUUCAGGCGGUCAUGCUCCUGCCCGGCAUCACAAUGGCCGACGCGAAGAGCACCUGCUUAUGGGGCCCGGCCGAGAAGGUCAAUUUCCAAUAUGGCACGGAUAAGGACUGGGUCACUGACGACCGGCCAGAUCAGGAACUGGAGCAGAAACGCCGGGAGUGGCACACCUUUGUCGAGUCCGGGAUGAUUCCCUACUCCCAGGUUGAUGGCAGGUUCAAUGGUCGUGGACUUGUCAUCGUGGCCGGCAAUGCAGAUACCCUCAUGCGUGUCAAGGUCAUCUUGCGCGCACUGGUCAGGCUGAACUCUGUCAUUCCGGUGGAGAUCCAUUACUGGGACGAUGAGAUGGACAUGGGCAAAGGCCAAGAAUUGCUCGACAUCUACCCCGAAAUCUACUUCAAUGAUCUAUCCAAGGACCACAACAUCCUUCAUAUCAAGAAGGAUGGCUUCUUCGGCAUCAAUUACCAGCUGAAGACCGCAUCUCUUAUUAAUUCCCGCUUUGCGGAGCCAAUCUUGCUCGACUCCGAUAACAUUCCCGUCAUCGACCCCGCCACGCUUUACGACUCCGACGAAUACAAGGAAUACGGCACCAUCUUUUGGCCCGACAUCGCGCGCACGCGGCCCAACAAUCCCGCGUGGGCCAUCACCAACACGCCGUGCCGCAUGGACGAGUACGAGCAGGAGAGCGGGCAGCUGCUGGUGGACAAGCGGCGCUUCUUCUACCACCUGCAGCUGGCGUCGUGGCUCAACAACGAGCAGGGCGCCUACUACAACGAGUUCCUGCUCGGCGACAAGGACAUGUUCCGCUUCGCCUGGCACGCCCUCAAGACCCGCUACGGCAAGCCCAAGCGCUGGCUGACCAGCCUCGGCACGGUCAAUGGUGGCUUCUAUUGCGGCCACAGCUUCGCGCAGCACCACCCGGACUCGGGCGGCAAGAUCGCUUUCGUGCAUGGGGGCUUGACCAAGACGACUGAUCUGGAGGUUAUGCGAUGGCAGCGCGACAAGCAGGGCGGGUAUUAUCGGAAUUACAAGUUGGCGCCGUCGGACGAAGACCCGAUGCAAAGCGUCAACGUCGCCAUCAAGUUUGACACGGUGGAGUACAUGCCAAAUAAGCCAGAGGGUACCCAUGUGGCAAUGUGUACAGACCUGUUCGACGUCGAGCCCAAGAAUAUUGACGAGAUACUGCCUGGCUUCGAGCGCAUAUUCGACGAGCUUGGGGGAUACUGGAAGCUCGAUGAGGCGGACAAGGCGAAGGCCGUGGACGCCAAGUUACAGGAGACAAAAGAGAAAGAGGCCACAGAUAAAGACGGCUUGGCCACGGAUGUAGUCGGCACUGGAACGGCCAACGCCCAAAAUAUAGACAAUGCUGUAGAAGUUCCCACCAGUGGUUCAGACCAGGGGGCGAAGCAAGAUGUCCAGGAUAGUGCAGCGACGGUCGCUGAUGGUUCAAGUCAGGGAUCGCAGGAAGAAGUCCGUUUUGAUCCUCCAUCCCCUGCUUCUUGA